UGUUGCUUGUAACAGUCUUACAAUAUCUUAGUUUAAAUGUAUGUUUAAAAUAUAUUCAAUUAAAUGAAAUUAAUAUGAUCAUAUCUAAAAUGACAGAUUUGUCAUAUGUUGCUUUCAGAGAGUGGAGUCACUAGAAAGCAAAGUUAGAGAACUAGACAGUAAAUGUGAUAUAUACAAGAGGCAUUUAGAUUACGUCAAAGGGAAACAAGAGUUACAAGCCCAACUUGUUAAAUAUUACAAGAAGCAUUAUGUAAAGACAUCACUUUCACCUUUGAAGCAACAACAAGAUGACAUUAACAUUAAAGAUGUAUAUGUAACCCCCGAGAUAGAAGUCAUUGAGGAAGAAAAAUGUGUGAAUAUUGAUAAAAAUACCACAAAGAAGCCAGGGAAAAGAUAUACAAAAGGAUAUCAUGAAAUCUUUCAAACAAAAGGACAGCAACAUAAAAAGAUAUAUAUAUUAGGCGAUGUUGGAACAGGAAAGAGUACAUUCUGCAAAAUGAUGAUAGAAAACUGGUGUAACGCUGUGAGUGGAAGGACCAAUGAAUCGGUUUGCAAUGAGAAUGACCUAGAAAGAUCAGAAACCGUGUCCAGUGAUAUAAAUAUGGCAAAUGAGUUUGAUGAUGUCUGUCAGAUGGGACAAUAUGAAUUUCUUUUCUUUAUCCCACUACAAUAUAUGGCAGGCUUAAGGUCUGACGACGUUGUUGAUAUGAUUAAAGAAUUAACAAGACAUCUCACUUCAGAUACGGAUUUGAUUGACCGAAUAUUUCAGGAAGAUUCAAUGCGUUGUCUUAUCAUUAUUGAUAGUUUGGAUGAAUGGAGGCCACCUAAAGAUGUUGUGCGUAGACCACAUGUUAGCUACGGGAUACCAAACGGAGACAGAGCUAAAGACGCAACAGUCCUUACAUUAUCAAGACCAUCAGCAAAAGGAAUUCUUAAUUUAAAAAACUCAGAAAUUGAUCACAAAUUACAUUUAUUAGGUAUAUGUAUUAGCUCACUGAAACCAUUCAUCGAACGAUAUAUUUCAAAGACAGCCUCAACCCAAAAGUCUUACAAUGAAUUCAUUACAAUUAUUAAAAGAAAGCAAGUUGGUCAUAUAGAGAAAACACCGUUGCUUUUACAGCAAAUACUGUGGUUAUAUUGUUAUGGAAUUGAUAUGGAAAUUGGAAAAUCUGUAAGUAAAACUUACUGUCAGAUUUUGAAUAUAAUGUGUGGUUGGUCAGACCACAAAGUUGACGGAAAUGAUGUACGAAAUGAGGUAAUAGGAGAUGAAAAUAUUUUUUUGCCUGAAAAUAUGCAAAUUCCUAGAUUUAGCAAACGAGUUUUAUUUCUUAUGGGUGCUACUGCAUUUGACAUUUUGACUUCCGGCUCGAUUAGAAACAUAUUUGGGCGACAGCAUCUUCUGGAGAAUGGACUAUUUGUAGAUGAUGUCACUAAGCUACUAAAAUUUGGUAUCCUUAAAGAAAGCAACUGCUUUGACCCAACACAGGAAGAUACACAAUUUUCUUUCAUCCACAUGUCUUAUCUCGAGUUCUUUGCCGCUUUGUAUGUGACCUCAAAUGAUAACACGAAGGAAACCAAAUGUUUGAGAGAAAAAGGAGAUGAAAAACAGGAAGUUUUAGAAAAGCUUUUUGGUACAUGUAAAUCUGCUAGUGACAUAUUACAGUUAUCUAAUGUUAUAAAAAUGGUCUGUGGUUUGUCUCCCAUCCUGAUUGGUGAUUUGUCUAAGCGGAUAUCAUGUAUUGUGAAUGAGGAUGUACAUAUUUUAUAUCUUAGAAGACAUGGAUAUAAAAUGUCUUUCAGGAAUGAUGAGAUUAUUCAGAUACAACGUCUUAUGGUAGAAUGUCUCAAAGAGUGUGGCUCUUUUGAUAAUACAAUGAUCAGUAUCAGCGAUCUAUGCAUAAAUGAUAUUGAACCCAGUAUACCUCUACAAAGAAUCAACACAAAUGACGUGAUUUCUCUGAGUUUUGAAGAUAUAACAAGAAAACAUGUAGUGGACUACAUCACACAAUGCAAGCAAUUGCAACAUGUUUAUAUUAAACAUGUCUCCUUCAGUUAUGAAGAACUUUCAUUCUUAUCACAGAUAGAGUGUGUUAAACAAUUGACAUUGCGUGGGGUAAAGGUUGAAGAUACUUUACAACCUGGUAUAAUUGACCUCUCUAGCCAGAAACAGCUUCAGAUACUUGAGCUUAUCUCCUGCAUGAAUAUUAGAAUUUCUUACCUUGUUACUGAACAUCUUGAGCAAGUGUACAUUAAAGACUGUCCUAACGUAUUAGAUUUUAAACUUUUAUCAAAUGCCAUCAGACUGACUGAUGUUUACAUUGAGGCGUAUUAUAGAAAUUGGGAAACAUAUCAUCAACAUCAUAUCAUUGAUAUGUCUAGACAGAAUCAUCUCAGAAAACUUACAAUCGUUAAUAAUCCUGGUAUAGAAAUUACAGGAUUAAACUUUGAACAACUUGAAGAGGUAAAUAUUCAAUAUAUAUAUGAAUGUAACAAUUCAAAAGAUCAGAAACUUUUAUCGUAUUCAAGCAAAAACAUGGAACUUCACGUUAAAAAUCACACGACCAGUGAAAUAGCACUUAUACCGUUAUUGCAAAAGACAACUUUAAGACAGGUGACAUUGGAUAACGUUAAAUGUGACCAGGAGAAACAUCUUAAUAUUGAUCUGUCUGGACACAAUUAUCUCCAAAAACUUACGCUGAUAAAGUGUCCCGGUAUUGUUAUUACAGGAUUAAACACUGAACAACUUGAAGAGGUAAAUAUUCAAUAUAGAUAUGAAUAUAACAAUUCAAAAGAUACGAAACUUUUAUCGUACGCAAGCAAAAACAUGGUACUUUACGUUAAAAAUCUCACGAUUAGUGAAGCAACACUUAUACCGUUAUUGCAAAAGACAACUUUAAGACAGGUGACAUUGGAUAACGUUAAAUGUGACCAGGAGAAACAUCUUUAUAUUGAUCUGUCUGGACAGAAUCAUCUCCAAAAACUUACGCUGAUAAAGUGUCCCGGUAUUGUUAUUACAGGAUUAAACACUGAACAACUUGAGCACCUACUCAUCGACAACGAUAAUCAUUAUUUACAUUCUAACGCUACUUUACCAGCAUUAGAGUUUGAACUUCCAUCAAGUGCCAGAAAACUCAUAAACCUUUACCUUUGUGGUCAAACUGUUAAUACAAAAACAUUGGAAAUAUUACAACAGAAAACUUUAAGACAAUUGAAUAUGAUACAUGUAUCUGGAGAUCAGCACGAUAUACAUGUAGAUCUAUCUAAACUAAAGCAUCUUCAGAUUUUAAAACUGUCAGACUGUAAAAAUAUUAAAAUAAGUGGCAUCAACACUGAACAACUUGAAUCAGUACACAUUAUUAAUUGUAAGUGUGUGUUUGAUUUUGAUCUUUCAUCAAAUGCAAGUAAGCUUAGUGAAAUCAAUCUGAAAUGUCUUACAGGUAAUAUGGCAUCACUGGUUUUAUUAGUAGAACAUGCACCUUUAAGACAUCUUGCAUUGAUUAAUGUUAGUCAUUGUCAGCCUAAAGUUGAAGGUCAAACGCAUGAAAUACAUGUAGAUCUUUCUAAACAAAACCAUCUUCAGAUUCUUAAGAUGUCAGACUGUAAACAAAUUAAAAUUAGUUAUCUCAACACUGAAGAACUGAAAGAGGUACACAUUAGUAAGUGUAAGUGUUUGUUUGAUUUUGAUGUUUUAUCAAAUGCAUGCAAGCUAAGCGAAAUUCAUCUGGAAGGUCUUACUGGUAAUAUGGCAUCACUAGUUUCUUUAGCAGAACAUGCCUCUGUACGACAACUGACUUUGAUAGGUGUAACUCAUUGUCAGUCUGGAGUUGAAGGUAAAAUGCCUGAAAUAGAUGCAGAUCUUUCUAAACAAAACCAUCUUCAGAUUCUUAAGCUGUCAGACUGUAAACAAAUUAAAGUUAUUGGGCUCAACACUGACGAACUUAAAGAGGUACACAUAAGUAAGUGUAAGUGCCUGUUUGUUUUUGAUAUUUUAUCAAAGGCAAGCAAGCUAAGGAAAAUUUGUUUGGAAGGUCUUACCGGUAAUAUGGCAUCACUGUUUUCGUUAGUAGAACAUUCCUCUUUAAGAGAACUGACUUUGAAAGGUGUAACUCAUUGCCAGUCUGAUGUUGAAGGUCAUAUGCAUGAAAUGCAUGCAGAUCUUUCUAAACUUAACAAUCUUCAGACUCUUAAGCUGUCAGACUGUAAAGAAAUUAAAAUUAGUGGUCUCAACAUUGAAGAACUGAAAGAGGUACACAUUAGUAAGUGUUUGUUUGAUUUUGAUAUUUUAUCAAAUGCACGCAAGCUAAGCAAAAUUCACCUGGAAUAUCUUACUGGUAAUAUGGCAUCACUGGUUUCGUUAGUAGAACAGGCUUCUUUAAGACAUCUGGCAUUGAUAGGUGUUACUCAUUAUCAGUCUGAAGUUGAAGGUCAAAUGCAUAAAAUACAUGUAGAUCUUUCUAAACAAAACCUUUUGGAGGAACUGGAGCUGUCAGACUGUCAAAAUAUGAAAAUAAGUGACCUCAACAGUGAAUACCUUCAUUGGGUACACAUUGGACAAUUUCCUGAUAUAUCAAACAUUAACCUUUUAGCAAAUGCCAGAGAACUGAGCACACUCUGGUUUACAGGUAAAAAAAUAGGCGACAGAUAUCAAUUCAGAAAACACGAAGGUUAUGUAAUACAUUCAUUACAUCGACUUAGAACACUCAAACUACAGAAUGUAGAUAUUGAUGCUUACGCUCUUACUUUAAUACCAGAGAUGUUCUUUCUUAAAAAUAUUUUUCUAGAAGAUACAAACAUGAGUAUAUACACGUGGCGUGCAUUUGUAGACAGUAUUCUUACUCUCCAACAAUCUGUUAUCAUCGAAGUGUUUGAUUCACGUUCAUUCCUUAAUGAAGAACAAAUAGUGAAACAUCGCUAUGUUAAAAACAACACAUUGUUUAAAAUGACACAGGAUAAAGGAGCCCUUUGUUUUUGCUUUCAACGGAGAGAGCCUGAAUGAAGAAUAUAACGUUAUUAUACUUAAUUGGGUAUGAUAGAUGACAUUUAAUAUGAAUCAACACCAACAGAUCAGGUCAUACAAUAUGUUAACAUUCAAAAAGAUCAGAAUAUAACUCAUUUUUUGUUAAAAAGAAUUAAAUUAGAAGCAAACUGUUUCAUUUUCCAAUGUAUAAAGUUUGAAUUGUGUCCCUAUCGUUUGGUAUUUAUGCACAAAAUGUGCAUGGUACAUUGUUGCUGUUAAUAGUAAGAUUUUUGUUUUAAAGAAAUCAAUAAAUUAUUGACUAAACGCUUUGUUUUUCCUAAAUUAUAUUAAUAAUAUAUGAUGAUUCCUAUGGAAUUUGAAUUUUUUGUAUUAAUAUAAUUUUAGAAAAUUGUGAAGGACACACGUUAUAAACAUUUAGUAUGGGAAUUUCAAAUGAUACAGCUGAGAGACAGUGGAUAUAUAUUUGAAAACUAUUAUACAAGGACAAAUUGCUUUUGUUGUACUAAAAUGAACAUGAACAUGGUGCUUCCUUUAUGUAUAUAGUUAUAGUGACAUUGACAGAAGGAAAGUAUUUAAGUAACAAUGACAUAAUAUACAUGUAUUAUUAUAUGUUUGUCCGUAUACAUAAUACGCGAAAUUACUUUUUUUCAUUAUUGUUUCGAAUUAUUUGUAAAUUGCAGGAAUAGUGUUUGAAAUUGUUUUUGUUCAAUAGAACUGCAAUAUUUCAAAUGAAUCGUUACACUAUUAAUUGUACAUUGGCGUUGAUUUAUCUCAUAAGUAAAUUGACUGUUUUCUUAAAGGGAGACACAGGCAAAAGUGACAUUUCAAACCCAAAGUAUAUAGAAUUUAUACAGAAUUCAUGCUGGGACUUUAAAAAUUGUCAUCUAAGUACGAUUUAAGUACAUAAGAUCAUUUUAAUAUUUUUGUCUUUAAUUUGCAUGGGUAUUCGUUUAACAUAAUUUUAACCAGUUGUACAUAUGUUCGUGUUCUUUUGUAAGAUUUACAAAAUUAAAAUGUACUCUAAAUUUUGCAAAUUCUUACAAAGAAUAUAAAUAAAUAUAAAGAGUAUACAACAAUAUCCUCUUACCUCUGGCUUAGAAUGCUGUGGAUAUCAAUUGUCAAUUAUUUCAUAUUUUGGUGAUAUACAUAGAAAAUCAUAUCAUGUUUUGCUGAUAUACGUAGUAAAUUAUUUCAGUUAUAUGUGAUAUAAAUAGUAAAAUCUGUCAUUUAUGGUGAUAUAGUCAAUUAUGUCUUAUUUUUGGUAAUUGAUAUAAAUAAUUUAUUCAUCAUAUUUUGAUUAUAUAAAUAGAAUAGUCAAUUACGUCAUAUUUAGUGAUACAAAUAGCAAAUAAAUUUUAUCAUAUUUUCGCAAUGUAAAUAGUCAAUUAAGUCAUAUUUUUGUGAUAUAGAUAGUCCAUAUUAUGUUAUAUUUUGGUGAUAUAAAAGUCUAUUCUGGCAUAUCUUAAUGAUAGAAAUAGUAGUUUUUCAUAUUUUGGUGAUGUACAUAGAAUCGUCAAAUCUGUCAUAUAUUGGUAAUUGAAACAGUCAUAUUUUUGUAAUAUAAAUAGUAAACUCUGUCACAUUUUAGUGAUACAAAUAGUAAAUACUUUCAUGUUAUGGUAAUACGGAUAUAAGUAGAACAAACAAUUAUGUCAUAUUUUGUUGAUAUACAUAGCCAAUUCUGUUAUAUUUUGGUGAUAUAAAUAGUCAAUUCUGACAUAUAUAUAUUCUCUAUUAGGAUAUUCUCUCACAUGUUGGUGAUAUAAAUGUCCAAUUGUCCAUUCUGUUAAAUUUUUAGUGAUAUAGCUAAUUAUGUCAUAUUUUAUUCAAAAUGUCACAUUGAUUGUGGAUAUCUAUGCAUUAUCAAUCUUUAACGUCUCUCAAUUUCCCAAAUAUUUAUUUUCUUCUCUAGAGGCGUGUCAUUUUAAAAAAAAGUAUUUGCUGUAUAAAGUGAAAUGAAAAAUAUCGGCUAAAUGCAGAUAUCAUCUUAGUCCUAUUUUUUAUUUUAUAUCUGUUAAUAACAUUGUUUGAAAUACGUUUGAUUUAGUAAUUGUUUGAUAUUAAGCUAUCUUCUAUUCAUAGAAAAAUCUGGAUGAAAGGCUGUGAAUUAACAUUAAUUUUGUGAAAAGCUCUGAACAAAACCCACACAGCGUAUUUUAGAGAAUUGUGGUUCAAUCCUUGAAGCAAAGUGAUACCAUGAAAGUUUAUUUAAUUUUAUUCCAAAUAAUUCCAUAAUUACCUCACAUGUAAUCAUUUGUUAGUUCUACCACAAAAUAUCCGGUGGUGGUUAAUAAGUUUUGUUCAGUGCAUGUGAAACUAAGACAAUGUAUUGAUAUUAUACUAUUGUCGAGAUUUGCAUGUACAUGUACCUAUAAUGCACAAAUAUAUUGACUGCUAUUGAUGUUUAACAUUUAUUUUGUCUGUAAUAUAAUGUGUUUUGUUAUCAUAUGACACUGAAGUGUAUAAUUAUUAUAUACGAGGGUUGUCCCAAAAGUCCGUGACAAAUUUUAUAGCCGGUUCAUUUUUAACGCCAAUAGAAAAUAAUUCACACAUAUAACCGUUAAGUUUAUUAUUUAACAUUACAACAAAUCAUUUUCAAAAAAUUUACCCUAGUUACUUAGAAAUUUUCAGUAUUAACGACAUUGGUUUGAGUUGCCGGCGCACGUCAAA